UCUGUUGAAUUAAAAUAUUUUUGCUAUGUUUUAAUGUUUAAUAUUUUAACACAGACAAGAUACAGAAAAGAUAUAUCAUUACAAGUGAGAAAUGAUAGAUUUAAUUUUAUCAAGAAACAAUGUUUAUGUAUGGAGUGCAGAAGAUUGGUUAAAACUUAGAAAAGAUUAUCGAAUAAUUGGAGAAUUCAUAGGUUGUCUUCCAAAGAAACCAAGACAAGAUAUAUUUUUAGGUCUUCCAUUACUUUUACAGCCAGAAGAAGUAUCUCUUUUACUUGAAAAAAAAAUUGCAAGGCUUAUACAAUAUUCAUGUUUUCAAAGAGCACCAUCUGAUUCUUUAAAACAAGUUUUUGAAGAAUAUAGAAAUAUAUUAUAUGUUGAACAAGAAAAAUGUUUAAGGAGAGAAAGACAAAAACAGAUAAUUGGUAUGAUGGAUAGAAUUAUAGAAGGAAAAAAACGAAAAAUACUUGGGAUAGAAACAAAGAAGAAGAAAACAAAAAAAUCAUUAUCAGAUCCAAAAUUACAAACAGCAUUAAAUAAUAUUGAAAUAAAUAGACAGGAUCUAUUAGAAGAAGAAAUGGCAAAAUUACCUAAACUAGAUAAAAAUGAAGCUUUGAUUCAGAUUCAUACAGUAUAUCCAUGGAUAGAUAAAGAUAUAAAAAUAGUAGAAUGGAAAUAUCCCUCUAAUUAUAAACAACAACUUCGAUAUAAAAUAUAUAAAGAUUUAUGGGAAAAAGGAUAUUAUGUAUCAAGUGGAGAAAAAUUUGGAGGAGAUUUUUUAGUAUAUCCUGGAGAUCCUAUUAUGUUUCAUUCUCAAUUUAUAAUUUUAUGUAAACAUGAAAAUGAAGAAAUUUCAAUAACUGAACUUUCAGCACAAUGUCGAAUUGCUUGUCAUGUUCGAAAAACACAAGUGUAUGCUUUCUUUUCUGAAAAUCAAAAUAUAAAAUAUCAAUCAUUUCAAUGGGCAGAAAAUACUAUGCUUGAAAAUGUUUAA